AUGGGUAACUCAACCAGUGAAACUGAUCAACCCAAUCAACUUACUGAUCUCGUCAUCAAUCCUUCUUCAAACCCAACGCCAGGUGCAGUUUUGCGAGAUGGAAAGGAAAUACUUUUUCAGGCUUUCAACUGGGAGUCUCACAAAUACAAUUGGUGGGAAACUUUAGAAACCAAAAUUGCAGACAUAGCGAAAGCUGGGAUCACUUCAGCAUGGUUGCCACCACCAACUCAUUCCUUCGCACCUGAAGGUUAUACUCCUCAGGACCUUUACUCUCUUAAUAGUAAAUAUGGUUCUGAGAAUCAGUUAAAAGCUUUACUUCACAAGAUGAAGCAACACAAAGUCAGAGCAAUGGCUGACAUAGUUAUCAAUCACCGCGUUGGCACCGCCCGAGGACGCGGAGGGAUCUACAAUCGCUUUGAUGGAAUUUCAUUACCGUGGGAUGAACGUGCUGUAACAUCAUCUACUGGUGGCCUGGGUAAACAAAACACUGGGGCCAUUUUCCACGGAUUUCCCAAUAUUGAUCAUACUCAAGAUUUCGUGAGAAAGGAUAUCAUAGGAUGGCUUCAGUUUCUACGCCAUAAAGUAGGCUUUCAAGAUUUUCGUUUUGAUUUUGCAAAAGGCUAUUCACCAAAAUACGUGAAAGAAUAUAUUGAAGGAGCAAAGCCAGUGUUCUCUGUUGGGGAGUAUUGGGAUACUUGCAACUACAAUGGCUCUACUUUGGACUAUAACCAAGAUAGCCAUAGGCAACGAAUUGUCAAUUGGAUUGAUGGCACUGGACAGCUCUCAACUGCAUUUGACUUCACAACAAAGGGAAUUCUCCAGGAAGCUGUUAAGAGAGAAUACUGGCGACUGUGUGAUGCUCAAGGGAAGCCACCUGGUGUGAUUGGGUGGUGGCCUUCAAGAUCAGCGACAUUUAUAGAAAAUCAUGAUACUGGCUCAACUCAGGCUCAUUGGCCCUUCCCUUCUGAUCAUGUUAUGGAGGGAUAUGCUUACAUAUUGACUCAUCCUGGGAUACCUACAAUUUUCUAUGACCACUUUUAUGACUGGAACCACUCAGUUCAUGAGCAGAUUGUGAAGCUGAUUGACGCUCGCAAGCGUCAAGGUAUUCACAGCAGAUCGCCUGUUAGGAUUCUGGAAGCCAAGCACAAUGUUUACGCUGCAAUCAUCGGGGAGAAGCUCUGCAUGAAGAUUGGAGAUGGCUCAUGGAGCCCAUCUGGAAAGGAAUGGACACUAUCAACCAGUGGCCAUAACUAUGCUGUAUGGCACAAGUAG